AUGGGGGAUGAGGAGAUUGCAGCUCUGGUUGUGGAUAAUGGAUCUGGGAUGUGUAAGGCUGGGUUUGCAGGGGAUGAUGCUCCUCGAGCUGUGUUUCCCUCCAUUGUGGGGCAGCUUGAACAUGAGGGUAUGAUGAUAGGAAUAUGUCAGAAAGGAUGUUACGUUGGUGAUGAAGCCCAGAGCAAGAGAGGGCUUCUGACCCUGAAGUAUCCAAUUGAACAUGGAAUUGUGACCAACUGGGAUGACAUGGAAAAGAUCUGGCAUCACACCUUCUACAAUGAACUUCGAGUUGCCCCAGAGGAGCACCCUGUUCUCCUCACAGAGACACCUCUGAACCCCAAAGCUAACCGGGAGAAGAUGACCCAGAUUAUGUUCGAGACUUUUAACACACCAGCCAUGUAUAUUUCCAUUCAAGCUGUAUUGUCCUUGUAUGCCUCUGGCCGCACUACAGGCAUUGUAAUGGACUCUGGUGAUGAUGUUACUCACACUGUGCCCAUUUAUGAGGGGUAUGCCUUGCCCCAUGCCAUUCUACGGCUAGACCUAGCUGGCAGGGGCCUUACUGACUACUUGAUAAAGAUUCUGACUGAACGUGGGUACUCGUUCACUACUACAGCUGAGAGGGAGAUUGUACGUGACAUCAAAGAGAAACUGUGCUAUGUGGCUCUUGACUUUGAAACUGAGAUGGCCAUGGCUGCCACCUCUUCAACCCUAGAGAAAAGCUAUGAGCUACCAGAUGGUCAAGUCAUCACCAUUGGCAAUGAGCGUUUCCGAUGUCCAGAGGCACUCCUCCAACCUUCCUUCCUAGGAAUGGAAACAAUUGGGAUUCAUGAGGCCAUCUUCAACAGCAUCAUGAAAUGUGACAUUGACAUCAGGAAGGAUUUGUAUGCCAGUAUUGCCUUGUCUGGUGGAUCCACCAUGUACCCAGGUAUUGUUCAUCGAAUGCAGAAGGAAUUCACAGCCGUGGUUCCAGACGAAAUGAAGAUUAAAAUCAUCGCUCCCUCCGAGAGGAAGUACUCCGUGUGGAUUGGUGGCUCCAUCUUGGCGUCUCUCUCUACCUUCCAACAAAUGUGGAUCAUCAAGCAGCGAUAUGAUGAAUCAGGACCCUCCAUAGUCCAUCGCAAGUGCUUCUGA